AUACACACCACUCAGAAAAACCGUGAAAUAAGAACCGAGAUACUGCUGCAAGCCAUGUCGAGGCUUACACAAACUUUGCUCGUUGCAAUCACUUUUUCAUUACCAUUGGCGGCUUUGAACUAUCCGGUUCAUGGAGUCUCUAUUUUUCUAUCUCUGGUCCUCUGGCGACAUUACUUUCCUCUGCCGCCGGAGAUGGAGAGUAUAGAGCAGAAGAGAAAAGAGAAGGAUCUGCCUAGUCGGGAGAGGUUUCUUGAAAAGCUGCAUAAAGAUAGUACUGCUGGAAAAGAAGUACCGAAUACUAUUGGAGAGAGCACAGAGAUCUCAAACGCCAUACUAGAAACCAAAGAAACAUCAACGACCACCAAAACACCUGCAGACAAUCCGACACUCACCGAAGACAACGAACGACCAGAAACCGAAUGCCUAAUCUGCUGGUCUUCACCCUCCCUCACACUCCACUGCAACCACACCUUCUGCUUCCCCUGCCUGGACUCCUACUUUACCACCCACAAGUCCAAGCACAGCUGCCCAGUCUGCUCAUCCCCCCUCUUCCGCCCUACCCUCUUCACCUCCCAAAACCUAAAUAUCUGGUGCAAUAAACUACGCACCGUCCUCUCCAUCUUGAUCCUCCUCCUCUACUUCCUCCGAGCAAUCUCCUGCGCCUGCAUACUUCCAACUACCAGUAUCCUUGCAUGGGCGAAAUGCUCAAUCAGCGCUGGAAACAGCAUUGACUGGAUCGAGAUCGCAAUCAAGGAGAUACCAUAUCUAGUGGUAUCGGUGUUGCAGGUAUGGGCGCAGAGGAAAAUGGUCAGGAUGUCGGGGGUCGAGUGGGCGCAGGGGGAGUUGAAAGCGGCGAGUUUUGUUGCGGCGGUGGGGUGGGUGCAGAAGGUUUGGGGUAUGGUUUGGCGUGUGGAGACGGUUGUGAGGUUUGCUGGGAGGGUGGUUUGGAAGAGGUUGGUUGGUUGAGUUGGAGAUGGGAAGGGAAUGAUAGGAGGAAAGUAAGGGAGGAGGGGGGUGGUCGGCUCUUGCCCAUCAUUCUGUGGAUCGGUGUCUAGGUUGUAAACUUGUAAAGAUGAAAAGAGCGCUUGACGUAGAGAUGGGCUGGUUGUAGUCUUCAUAUCCUCUCUCCUCUCUGGCCAAAGGGUUUUCAUGUUGAAUAUCAACCUGGCGCUCAGCUUACUUCUCAUGGGCUUCCUCGAACUUUUCCUCAUUUGCAUGGCUGACCAAUUCCUCAAUCUCGGCAGUGAGUUGCAAGAUCUUUCUGUCCUUUGCUUCACACUCAAGACGUCUUUGCAUCAACUGAUUAGACUGUCUCGAG